AUGGCCUUCCAAACUCCUGCUGUCAAUGGCCACUCUACGGCUUCCAGCACAUCCGUGGACGUCAUCUGCGGCCCCCUAAUUAACUUCAAGAAUAUGGAUGUCACUGCUUCCUCCUCCGUAUGGCGAGGAAGCAUUCUGAUUGUGACUAAGUCUGGGCAGAGCCAGCCUCAGCUGGUGAUGCGCCAAGCGGGCCCGGUUGAUAGCAGCGGCCGAGCUUCUCGUACUCAACCCAAUUCCCAACGUUUUGUGGCUGAUGGACUUCGUCUAUAUGAAGAUCCCGAGAAAGCAUUCUGGAGAUUUUCAAUCGCCAUCGCCUUAGAAGAGUACGAAGCACGCUGGGAAUACACCAUCCCGGGGUUCCAGUACGCAAAUGGCGAAGAGCUUCCUCCGCCUUGGGACUUUGUAGUGCCAUCGGUCCACCAGUCGAUGCGUCUGAUGUUCCAUUCUUGCAAUGGCUUUUCCGUCGGCACCGAUAUGAACGCUUGGGUUGGCCCCAAUUUGUGGAAAGACGUUAUGCGCGUGCAUGGCCAGAAGCCCUUCCAUGCCAUGAUUGGUGGUGGUGACCAGUUGUACUGCGAUGGAAUCCGCGUUGAUGGACCCCUAAAGGCGUGGACAACCAUCGCAAACCCUCACAAGAGACGGGCGCAUUCCUUUGACAACGACUUGCGAGCCCAAUGCGAUGAAUACUACUAUGCAAACUAUGUCAGAUGGUAUUCCAUCGAGCCAUUCAAAGCCGCAAAUGGCCGGAUCCCACAGAUCAAUAUUUGGGAUGACCAUGACAUCAUUGACGGCUUUGGUUCGUACACAGAUCAUUUCAUGCGCUGCUCCGUGUUUCGUGGGAUUGGCGGCGUGGCGUUCAAGUAUUACUGCUUGUUCCAGCAUCAUAUCGCGCCGCCCAAAUCGACGUACACCACAGAUGCUCCGCAAACAAUGCAUGCUGUCAACGGAACUGCCGGUGCCGAUCCGAGACAGCUGGAGAACACCUACGUGUUAGAGGGCCAGUCGGAAGACGAUAGUUGGAUUGUUGGUAAUCGCCCCGGUCCCUACGUCGAAGAGAAGAGUCGAAACCUUUACAUGCGUCUCGGCAAGCGGUUUGCGUUCAUUGGCGUUGAUGCGCGGACUGAGCGCACGCGGCACCAGGUGAACUACCCCGACACAUAUGAUCUCAUUUUCUCCCGCCUCGAAGCUGAAGUCUUAGCGGCCGAGGGGGGCAUAAAACACCUGAUUGUGCUACUGGGAGUUCCAAUCGCAUACCCCCGACUCGCAUGGUUGGAAAAUAUCCUGAGCUCUCCUCUGAUCGCGCCAAUCCGCUUGUUGAAUAAGCGGUUUGGCUUUGCAGGUGGUCUAUUCAAUCAGUUUGACGGUCAAGUUGACCUGUUGGAUGACUUGGAUGAUCACUACACCGCACGCCAACACAAGAAGGAACGAAGGAUUUUCAUUCAACGUCUACAGGACUUUGCUAAGGCUCACUCCAUUCGUGUGACGAUUCUGGGCGGAGAUGUGCAUCUGGCAGCCAUCGGUCGGUUUUACUCCAACCCGGCCCUCAACCUUCACAGCGAACUCGAUCCACGGUAUAUGGUCAAUGUUAUUAGCAGUGCGAUUACGAACAAACCUCCUCCCAAGGCCGUGGCCAAUCUCUUGGCACGUAGAAACAAGCUUCAUCAUCUGGAUCCCCACACGGAUGAGACAUUGAUGGUCAUGUUUGAUCGACAGCCUGGUGGGCAGGAGAAGAGCGCCGCGUGGAAUAAGGUCACGAUGCCUUCGCGAAACUUCGCCUGCAUCACUGAGAUCGAACCCCUCUACACUAAUGGAAACACUCCAGUGGCUCCGAAUGAGCAGGCCUCUUCGUUUCCUUUGGCCAAAGAUGGUCAUUCACCUCUUCACCAGGGUGAAGCUGACGCAGGCUCUAGUCAUCCCGCGGCAGACGGGUAUACUAGUAGUGGCAGCAUGCCCGGAGGAUUGGACAUUACGAUCCGAGUCGAGAUUGACCCACAGAACAGAGAAGGGGCUACCGAUGGUUACGGCUUUAGCAUUCCCGCAUUGGCCUACGACCCUUCGAAAGACGUUUCUCGCCCCACUUCUCGCGCUCGCUCAUUGCGGCCUCAAUCCCUCCGUCCUCCUUCACGGCAGUCUGCACGGCCUCAAACCGCCAAUUGA